GGUGAGCGCCCCCGGGGCAGACAGAGGUCACCCCGCCUUUCGCUGUGCGCCGGUGUCGUGCAAACCCUGUCUGUGUGGCGGUUUUCCAGCCUCCGCUCUGCCACCUUCACCCUUUGCUCUGCCCUUCCUUGGACGCCGGCCGGGAGGGGCCUGGGAGCCCCCGCGCUCGGACUUGCUUCGGAAACGCGCGGCGCCCUAUUUCUCCCUGGGGACCGCGGGUUGCUCCCUACCGCCGCAUUCGGGAGGUCCGCCAGACCUCUCUCGAGAGGGCCGUUCUCAUCUGUCAGACUCUGAAGGAAGGGGCAGCCCACACCUGUUUAGGAGAAACGCCUCACUGUCUCUAUAGAAGCUGAAAUCCAUCAAUCUCCGUUCUUCAAAAUGCAAUGGAAUGUACCAAAGACUAUAUUCCGACUUGCACAUAGGACAUGCAUGGAACCAGAUAAAGCUGGUCUUUUGGGACACUGUCAAAACACGAAGGGACCAUUACUUUUGUAUACCUCGGAAUCCAGAGUGGUUUGGGUACAGGGCCCUCAGAAACGAUGGCUGCACUUACCUGCUGCCCAGUGUGUUGCAAAGGAAAGGAAGCCAUUCAUUGCUCACCCACCCCAACCAGGGGUCCUUCAUAAACAGUGGGAGCAAGAUAUCUUAUCCAAGAGGGUUCUGUCAUCCAGUGCUACAUCCCCAGGAACUCCCUCUGAAAAAAAGGAAGAACCUGAUCCUUUACAAGACAGAUCAAUUAGUCUUUAUCAACGAUUUAAGAAAACAUUUAGACAAUAUGGAAAAGUUUUGAUUCCAGUGCAUCUAAUAACUUCUGGUGUUUGGUUUGGAACGUUUUAUUAUGCAGCCAUAAAAGGAGUGAAUGUCGUUCCUUUUCUAGAACUUAUUGGGUUACCUGACAGCGUAGUAAACAUUCUGAAAAAUUCCCAGAGUGGAAAUGCACUAACAGCAUAUGCCCUGUUUAAGAUUGCAACGCCUGCGCGGUACACUGUGACCCUGGGGGGGACCUCCUUCACUGUGAAGUAUCUGCGCAGCCAUGGCUACAUGUCGACGCCACCUCCUGUGAAGGAGUAUCUGCAGGACAAGAUGGAGGAGACAAAGGAGCUCCUCACAGAGAAGAUGGAGGAGACAAAGGACAGACUCACCGAAAAACUGCAAGAAACCAAAGGAAAGGUUUCUUUUAAGAAAAAAGUGGAAUAGCGUGCCUUAUAUACCAGGUUAUAGACAGUUCCUGCACUUUAACCCUUGGGGACUAUGGACAAAGAUGGAAGAUGUUACUGUAGUCCUUUAUGCUCGCAAUGGAGCUAUUGGCUGACUUAUUUCAGUGACCUCAGAAGAUUUUCAAAAUUGAAUCUCCAUAGGGAAGAUAUGGAGUUAGUUUAGAAGAAAGUAAAAUACAUUUAGAUUAAGUGUUACCAACAUUGGUUUGAAGUAGUUUUGGUAUUAGAUGCUUACUCAGUUGGUUUUUCCCGAGCCGUGGUCUACGGUGCGUCCAGUCACAUUGGCCUAGAGGCCGGAGUUGCACAGGAGUGUUCAUAAAAAGUGUGGGCCUCUCUACCGCCUUGGAAUUUAAACACCUGAACCAGAAAUCUGCAGAACCAGAGGGUUAGGCUUUGAAAAUCAAGCUGUAUUCUUCCCCAUAAAUCACUGGCAGCCACCAACAGUAAUGAUGACAGAUCAUAAUUAUCUUGUGGCAAUUAUCUGGCUAUUUUGAUAAGAAUGAUUCUCUCAGCAGAGAGAAUGCGGCUUGACUUCAGAAGCCUUCAAGGCAGAGUAUGAUGUUAUUCCGCUGACUUGGACAGUAUUUGUGGGACGUGCACAGGCAGCCCCAAAGUCCUCCUCAGCAGUUGUGGUUUCUCUCUACAGGGUCCCAGAGGAACAGUUUGUCCAGUCUUCAAACAUUGACUGCCCUGCCAUUCACCUUGGUCUGGAGGUAGAGUUACAGGGCUUGGUUGCCAUCGUGCUCCAUCACCAUGUGCUUGUCAUUCCCCUCCUGAAGAAGAUGGAAGAUAUGUGGGUCACUUCAGAAUAUUGAGGCCAGUAGUUGUAGUUGAAGAAAGGCGCAGGAGAGCCGGGUCAGACAUUCAAAUCAAGGAACUAAGUAAGAGUGAUAUUUCAUUAUCCAAAGAGGAUUCAGCCUCAGAAAAUACUCCAUCCUCCUGUGGUAAGAAAAUGUCCUCGAGGGUGCAGGGAGAGGGCUGCCUGAGUUGCUAGUCCAUCUGCUUAGUUGUUGGCAGCUCUGCUGUUUCACAAACGACCCAAUGAACAGAAGUCGGUCCAAGAAAGCCAGAGACUGGUGGGGUCUGGGAUCCAGUGCAGGCCCUGAAGUGCAGUGGGGGCUCCCCAUGUACCAGAAUAUUUGAAGAUAAAUGCAGAGGUCACCAUCAGACACUAAAGACGGAGCUGUAAGUAGAUGCUGAGUCGGGGUGUGACAUGGUCCCUGGUCAGUGGCAAAGCCUAGUUUGUUUCUGGGGUCGUGAUCACCAGGAGACACCAAAAGGAAGGGACAGAAGAAUUCACUUGGCUGGCUGAUUGCCAAUCUGCUAAUUAUAACCCAUAACAGAAAUCUUUCUGGGACUGGGGUCUUCUCAAGUGGACUGGUUUGUCCUAAGUUAUUUUUCCUGCAAAUGCUACUGUUCAUUCAUUGGUUCCACAGCUUCCGUUUGUCAAAAAGGCACAGAAAGACAGAUGGUCACAAAUGCGUCUGGACUGCACAGUCCUCUGCUGUAGGCUAAUGUGCUCACUCUGACCUAAGUUUUGCAGUGAAAAGUGCACUCUUCACUGGGUUUGCCCUCUUCGUUCUACAACAUGAGAUAGAAUAUUUUUUCAUAAAGCAAGUUGAAAAAUCCACAUUUUUUUCUGAUUAUAGCUAAUACUGGUCCAACUGAACAUUAUUGAAGGGAUUAAAAUAAGCAUCUGGUGGCUCCAAAAGGCUGUGGGUUUUUAAAAAACUAUUUCUUAAAAAGUGUUUUCACUGCAAAGAUGCAACUCUGAUUGCUGUACAUAUGUUGUUCUUAGGCUGUGCUUGCUUGUUCAGACUUGUUUCCCUUAUGUUAUAAUACUGAUAUUUAUUAAUAAACUACAUAGACUUUUAUCUGUAUGCAUCCAUUCGCAUAUUUCCUUAUAAAAGAGGACAAAGCACAUAGGCAUUCACAAAUUCUGUCAUUUCUGUUAAAAUGGGUAAUCUAUACCUUAUAUUGCAGUAUUAACAAAGUUUUGUUCUACCCAUUGGGUAGGAUAUGUGCGUAAUAUAGUCAAGUUAUAUACAGCACCUUACAAAUGAACGCCUGACAGACACUGAAAGCACCAUUGUGAGUGAGGCACAACAAAGGGGGCUGGGUUCCUGCAUCUGCAGAAGUUAGAACAUGAGACACCUUGGCCGCUUAAAAACUACCGCCACGCUGAGCUCUAUGAAAGGACGUGGAUCUUCAUCAUCUGCAUCUCUGUACAGCUCUCACCCCAGCACCUCACACACACACUGAGGACAGCGCUGCUCACAAGUCGUCCCUCCCCACACACCAGCCUGAAGGCUGUCUGACCCUGGCUGUGAACAUAAACUUGAACUGUGCAAGAUGCAGCACUUGGGGAGUAAAAUAAGCCAAGCUGAAAUCCUGAUUCCUGCGGAAUUCGUACAAUUCAGGUGAGCUGCUAGGACCCAUUUGUGGUCGGGGUGAGAGCAGGUCUUUCAUCUGCUUUUGUUGGGCCCCUUUAGACACAGCGUCCUCACACUGGGGGGGACUUGCCAAUGCAUCUCCAUUUCGCCAAGGCCAUGGUAACCAAGGUGACCGUGCAGAAGGGGAGCCUGGUCCCUGCUUCUCCACCAAGGUGUGUGUGGGGGGGGGCAGUCACCACAAGGCCCUGCGCCCAGCACAAGUAUCCUUCCCAGUUUUUCUUUCACAGACACUGCUCAGCUCUGGAAAUUUUAAGAAAAAUGAAUGGUACACUAACAUGUUGCUGUUCUAAGCAGCAGACCUCAAGCAGCAGCCUUGGCACAAGCAAACACAAGGCUUGGGGAGCAACCCCUAGCCGCUGCUUCGCAGCCAGACCAGUGUGGCAGCCUGGUGGCCAGCAGCAAAUGGAAGCUGCUUUGGAGGGGCUCGUGGACCCGGACAGUCUCUGCAAGGACUCUGUGGACAGAAGAGCAGGUGGAGAGAUUGACUACUUGUGUGGAUGUACUGUGUGAAAUGGAUGAAGAUUCCAGUCCUCCAAACAAAACCCAGGGACCUACCAACCAAGAGAAGCCUCGGAAAGAAGGAGCAGAAGCAGCGUGAGAGCUUUCUGCCAGCAGCACGAGGGCACCUCACCUGGCAGCCACCUCCGAGACCACGACAGCAGACACCUGGAACUGCAGAAACUGCACUGCUGGAGGACCAGGGCAGCACUGUGUGGUAUGUAAAUGCAGGUGUAAAACACGCAGCCUGAGCCUGGAGGGACUCAACACACCAGGGAUGCAGGAGUUUCCUCUGCUCCAUCCAGGUGCCUCAGUGA